AAUGCUGUUCGUUUUUGCAUUGCUGUGCUCUCUGAUUCAUUUUUCAAGUUGCGACAUAAGCGAUAAUGACGUUUUCACGGAUUAUCUCGAGGAAAGACAAAAUAUUAUCGAUGCAGAGCAAUCGGCGGCGUUCGGUUCGAAAAUCAUUCUGAGCGACAGAGAACGGCUUGCAAAUAAAAUUUUGACGAAGUACAAGCACGAAGAACUGGAAAGAGCAUUCGAUGACUCGGCAAUCUUUCCACCGUCGAAGAAUUUUUUACGAGUGAGCGGCGACAUCGAGCAGUCUAAAGUCUACCGAACAAUACGCAAAAUGCCGAAGGGCGGCGUAUUGCACGCGCACAUAUUGGCCAUCAGCUCGCGUGACUUCAUCCUCGAGAACGUCACUCGCCGGUCAAACUUGUACAUGUGUCGUCACUGGAGCUCAUUGCAACUGAAAUUUUUCGAUGAGAAAGGUGCGGCCAAUCAAAGCGACUGCAAUUGGGAAUUGCUCGCGCGAGCGCGCACGAGAGAUAAAUCAAUUGACAAUGAGAUUGCCGAGGCCCUGAGUAUGUACUACGUGGCUGAGAAAGACGUCGAUGACACUUGGCAAAAGUUUUCGAGCAUUUUUCAUUUUGUCAAGUCGUUGAUCACAUAUCGACCUGUUUACGAAGAUUUUCUGUACCACACAAUGGAAGAACUUUACGAUGACAAUGUCCAGUUUAUGGAGAUUCGUACGUCUUUUACCACUUUGUACGAACUUGAUGGUUAUCAACAUAACUACCUUCGUGUCGCUGAAAUCGACAACAAAGUGGUCGAGCGAUUUAUGAAACGCCAUCCGGAUUUCUUGGGUGCCAAGUGGAUCUACUCCCCUCGGAGAAGCAUUCGACGCUUAACAUUCGUCGAGCAUAUCGAGAGAUUUCGCAAUCUCAAACGAAUGCAUCCCGACCGCAUAGUUGGAUUCGAUCUCGUCGGCCAGGAAGAUAAAGGCCCCCCAUUGUUACACUUCGCCGAGGAACUGCUGGACCUUCGCAACGAGACGAAUUUUUACUUUCACGCCGGGGAGACUAAUUGGUCUGGGCAGGAGACCGACGAGAACCUCAUCGAUGCUGUUUUGCUCAACGCUAAGAGGAUUGGACACGGUUACACGCUGAUCAAACACCCAAAGCUGAUGGAGAUGAUCAGGAGAAGGGACGUGGGCAUCGAAAUCUGUCCAAUAUCAAAUCAAGUAUUGAAGCUCGUCAGAGAUCUGCGAAACCAUCCGGCGAGUUUCUUCUUCGCGGAGAACAUGCCGGUAGUGGUGUCGAACGAUGACCCCGGCUUCUGGGGCGCGAGAGCGCUCAGCCACGACUUCUACGAGGCUUUCGUCGGUAUCAUGUCGAGCAGGGCUGAUUUGCGCGCGCUCAAGCAACUUGCCAUUAAUUCCAUCUCAUACAGUAGCUUAAACGAUUCCGAGCGAAAGUUUGUUCUACGUGUCUGGGAAAGACGAUGGCGUGAUUUUAUUUCCGACGUUGUAUCGCACGGCUAGACGUUUUUCACUGUUCGCGGGUUUCGCUUGUUUCAUUGCUCUGUGACAAUUAUUUAUUUAUUUUUUUUUAUGAAAUAGUUAAUAUACUGUGUUGAAUUAUAUUUGAAAUGCCGCAAUGCAGAAUUUAUUAUCACCAACCUGUAGGUAACCUCAACAUCUUGAGAGUAUAAACGUUACGUAUGGUGAUGAAUUUUCAUGCAUGGUUUCACUGUCGAUUUAAAUAAUUAAUGAGUCGAGCAUAAUUAUAAGCACAAUAAAGAAUUAACGAUUUCGCUUUAUUAAAGAAAUACUUGAAUGUAUGCAGUUUAUCGAUGUUUCGGGCUAUAGAUAAUCAAAAACAUCAUACGAUGGUUUAUUUUGAAGCUGCUUUCGGAUGCUUCAAAACAAGAUUUCACGAUUUUAAAAUUCUAAAUAUAUAAACCAAUUACAUUACUUCAACAAUUUAUUUAAAAAAUAAUUAUAAGACUGUUUUAACUGACAAAUCUUAUUCAAUACCAUUUUUCACCUAUUUUUUAACAUUUCCAAAUGUAUGAACUAAGAUAUUUUUUAUUCCAUUAAAUAUCUUAUCAAUCGACAGAAUGCACAAACAGAUAUCAUCAAAAUAUAAUUUUAUAGUCUCAUGACUUAUAAAAAAAAUUUAUUGAAAAACCUUUCUCUAAUCACAUAUAAGACGUUUAGAUCUAUCAAAAACUUACAAUUCAACUAUAUCAUGACAAAACCAAGCAAACUUGUUCGUUACGAAAUGGAUAAUAAUUUUUCAUGUCUAGAUUAUAGCAUGUUACCUUAUUGUAAAAAUAGUUGGCGAUUUAAACGAUGAAACUGCUAAUAAAGCAUUGAAAAUUGCUUCGUCGAGAUAAAUAAUUUCGCGCUUCGGACUCAGGAGGUUCAGAAACGGUAAACUCAUGACUCCUACAGUAGUAUAUAUAUAUGUUAUAUGUGCAUGUCAGAAGAAUCCACUUAAUGGUAAAGUUGCAUAUAUAUAUAUAUAUAUAUAACCAAUAUCAGUACCAAAGUAUAUAUAAAAACCACUGAUCAAACGGUAGGAUCGUGUAAUUUACAAUUGAUUAUUAAUUUUUAACAGAAAAGUUUUCAAACGAGUGUACAAUCAAUGUAUGUAAAGUAUUAAUUACCGUCACGAUCACUUUCAGCAAUACAUUAUUUCUAAUUUCGGUGUUCACAUAAGGCCAUAGUGUAAUAAUUGCCUUUAAGAAUUAUCAUUACCUGUUGGGUAGUUUUAGUGUAC